AUGGCUUCUGUGGGAAAAUUAGUAUUGAUGUUGGUGACCAACAAAGAGAUGUUAUGUGUUAAAUGGAUCCAUGAAGUUUAUAUGAAAGAAGAUGCUGAUUUCUGGGUUUAUACUCCAUCUAAUGACUGCAGCUGGUCUUGGAAGAAUAUGAAUAAGAUUAAAUUGGGAAUGGAGCAGUGGUAUAAUGAUGAUGCAGUUUUUGAAGUUCAUGAACUGGUGUGGAGUAGACUAUUAUUACCUAAACAUAGAUCCAUUCUAUGGUUAGCCACACAGAGGAAGCUGUUGACAAAGGAGAGGAUGGUGGGGAUAGGUAUAACUUGUGACACUGCUGAGUGUGUACUAUGUGAUCAGGAGGAGAUGGAGGAUCUUAAUCACUUGUUUGCUGAGUGUGACUGGGUGAGAGAUGUAUGGAGAGAAGUCAUGCAAUGGUUGGGGAUACAAGCACCUCACCUGGAGCCUAGACUGGUGCUGGAAUUCAUAAAGAAGAAACAUUGGUGCAAAAUGAAGAAGGAAGUGGUGGUUGUCGUACAUGGAGCUCUAAUAUACUUUACUUGGCAAGCUAGAAACUGGAAAAUUUUCAAAGAUAAUAUUGUGGAUACAAGUUUUGUAGUGCAACAAAUAGAAGUUGUAGUAAAAGAAAGAAUAGAUUCAAGUUCUCUUGGCCUUGUCUACAGUGGCAGUACAAGGAGGAGAAUUGGGAUGGAACUAAUCUGA